AUGGUUUUGGACGAGCUCGUUUCCAACAUUUCCAUCGACGAACUCCUCCUCCACGACGGCCUCCACGCAGACCACCCAGAGAUCUGGCUCUGCGUCAACGGCAAGGUCUUUGACGUCACGCGUGGUCGCAGCUUCUACGGACCCGGCGGCGGUUACGCUGCGUUCGCGGGUCGCGAUGCAACUCGAGCGCUGGCCAAGAUGGACACUGGAGCUGCCACGCGUACUUAUGCGGUGGUCAGCGACCUGACAGAGGAGGAAAUCAACACUGCCAAGCAUUGGGAAGCAACCUUUGCUGGCAAGUACCAAUUCGUCGGCACCCUUGCCCCUCAGGCCAACUAG